GCCAGCAGCAGGCGCUCGCAGCGGGGGCCCGGCCGGGCUCAUGGAUUGAUUCGAUCCUGGAUCUUUCUGCCCCUCGUGACUGAGGCGCAAACGGGGGCUUGGAAACCAGCCAGACUCGAGUUCCUGGAAACCACGCGGGGAACUGGAAGCCGCAGGCACGAAGCAGCCACUUUAAGGCCCAUGUGACAUCCACUGGCACCGCGCUCCUGACCACAGCUGGCUCCGGGUCUGCCAAUGGGAUCUCGGCGGCUGACUGGGAAGUGACAGCAAGGACCAGCCUCCUAUAAAGGCGAGAGUCCCCGCUCCGGCGUGCGGGGAGCGUCACAGCAAAGGGAUCCUCUCCGGAGAGCCCAGGCUGCUGCCCGCGGACCCGAGCUGACCUCUGCCCAGGCGAACGGCCCCUCGGCUUCCCCCCCGCCCAGCGAGCAGCUCUCUCGAGAAUGUCCUGGAGCGAUAUCCUGUACCCAGACAACCCAGCGAGGCGGGAGAAGGUGGUGCGGUUACACCAGGAGCUGAUCAACUGCAUAGAGCUCAAUUUUGAUACCACCAACGAGCUGAUGGGAGUCUUAAACACACACUGUCAGUUCAAGUUGCACCCCAUUAAGAUGAACAGGAACGGCACCGUCCGGGAGAACUGCGACGUACUCCUCGCAGCCAUGAAGUCCAUCCAAGACAUGCUGCAGGCCAUCGAUGCGAGGUUGAAGAGCGAACUGGAGCCAGUUCUCUACCGAAAGCUUCAUGAUUUCCAGGAGCCUGAUGCCAAGAAGAUGCAGAUUCUGCGCUCUGUGGCCACGGCGGUGAGCGGCCUCGCUGGGACCGUGGCCAUGGGGAUCUUCAUCAAGCUGGCGUUAUCGCAGGUGGUGAGCAGAGUCCUGACCCAAACGACCAUGGUCUUGGCCAAGAUCGGUGCCUCUGUGGUCGGCGCCAUGGCUGGCGCGUUACUGGGCGUGGGUGUCGACUUGAUUCUCAGCGCGAUCCUGGGCGCUGUAGAGAGAGACCAACUGGAGGCGAAGAUUCAGGAGCUCGAGAAACUGGUGAGCGAGUUCAAGCCAGCCUCCCACGAGUAUAACAAAACCAUCAUAAAGAUCAGCUGCACACUGCCAUAGCCGGAGGAGAAUCAGCCGCUCAGAUGACUUCAGAGCAAGCUGCAAGUUACCAUUACUUGUAAAAAUAAGGCCGUGGGGAUCAGCUCCCAUCUACCGUGACUUAGCCCAGCGCCAUUAAAGCCAGCACAAUAAAUGAUCUCUAGUUCUUA